AUGCUUCAAUCCCAAACAUGAUCAACUUAUCUUUGUUAGUUGGCUAUGUACCACAGGCCUCCAAGGUGGCAGCAAUCAAACCACUACUUAAAAAGCCAUCCCCUGACCCAGCCAUCCCAGCCAACCAUAGGCCAAUCUCCAACCCUCCCUCUCUCUCAAAGAUUCCUGAGAGGGCAGCUGCAAAACAGCCAACCGAUCACCUGCAGAGAAACGGUCCACCCGAAGAGGUUCAGUCAGGUCUUAGAACUCAUCAUAGCACAGAAACAGCACCAGUGAAGGUCACAAAUGAUCCUCCCAUGGCCCCGGACAGUGGACCCAUCCCUGCGCCCGUUCUGCCGGACCUCAGCGCUGCCCCUGACACUGUUGACCAUAAAAUUUUAUUACAGAGAUUAGAGCAUGUCAUAGGCACCAAAGGCACUGCGCUGCGGUGGUCCGAAUCAUAUCCGUCCAAUAGACCACAGUCUGUUCAUGCAAAUGGGGAAUCUUCCCCACAGACCAAAGUCAACCAUGGAGCUCCACAAGGUUCCGCGCCAGGACCAACUCCACUCACCCCAUACAUGCCUCCCCUAGGCAGUACCACCAGACGGCAUCGCUUAAAUUUUCAUUGCUACGCAGAUGACACCCAGCUCCAUCCAUCCAUGAAACCAGAGGACACACACCAACCAGCCAAACUGCAGGACCGUCCCACAGACACAAAGACAUGGAUGACCUCCAACCUCCUGCCUCCAAACUCAGACAAAACCGAAGCCACCGCACCCGGCCCCACAAAUCCCAGAAGCAUGGUGUCCAACCAGAUCCCCACUCCGGAUGGCACCUCCCCGACCCCCAGCAACACUGCGAGAAAUCCUGGAGCCAUUCCCGACCAGGACACGUCACUCAAAGCGCACACCAAACAAACAUGCAGGACUGCCCCUCCGCAUCCACGCAAUAUCUCCAAAACCAGAAAGGUCCCGUCUCAGAGCGAUGCCGAAAAACCAAUUCAUGCAUCCACCUCCUCUAGGCUGGACCACUGCAACUCAUUAUCAGGUUGUCCUAAAAGUUCCCCAAAAAGCCCUCAGCCAAUUCAAAAUGCCGCAGCUAGAGCACUGACGGGGACCAGCAGGAGAGAGCACAUCCCACCCGCGCCGGCCUCCCUUCAUUGGCCUCCCGCCAACUCCAGAACAGAAUUCAAAAUUCCUCCUCCUACUCACAAGGUUCGGAACAAUCAGGUCCCAUCCCAUCCCAGGGACCCCGCAGCACCACAUCACCCCACUAGAGCGCCCCGCUCCCAGACCGCAGGCCCACCCGCAGCUCCCAGGGCCUGCAAGAGCAGAAUGGGAGGCAGAGCCCCCAGCCCCCAGGCUCCUCUCCUGUGGAACCAGCCCCCAACCCAGACCAGGGAGACAGACACCCCCUCCACCUCCAAGACCAGGCCCAAAACUUUCCCCCUCGCCAAGACCCACAGUUAGGGCUGGACCAGGUGACCCCGGACCAUCCCCCGGCCAUGCCGCUCCAGACGCAGAUUGGGGUCCCUCAUAAUUAUUGUAUGGCCCUGCCUCACAACAUAAAGCGCCCCGGGGCAACUGCCCGCCGUGAUUUGGCGCUACAUAAAAAAUAAGUUGAUUGAUUGAUUGAU